CGUGCUGCAGGUGCAGGAACCCAUGGCCCUCGUGUCGCGUUUCCCUUCUCACGCUGGUUCUGUUUGUUGUAGCCGCCAUGCCUGCCCUCAGACCUCUCGUGAAGCCUAAAAUCGUCAAGAAGAGGACCAAGAAGUUCAUCCGCCAUCAGUCCGAUCGCUAUGUCAAGAUCAAGCGCAACUGGCGUAAACCGAGAGGUAUCGAUAACAGAGUUCGCCGGCGGUUCAAGGGGCAGAUCCUGAUGCCCAACAUCGGCUACGGCAGCAAUAAGAAGACGAAGCACAUGCUGCCCACGGGCUUCAGGAAGUUCCUGGUCCACAACGUCAAAGAGCUGGAGGUGCUGAUGAUGAGCAACAAGUCCUACUGUGCCGAGAUCGCUCACAACGUGUCUUCCAAGAACCGGAAGAUCAUCGUGGAGAGAGCGGCUCAGCUCGCCAUCAAGAUCACCAAUCCCAACGCCAGGCUGCGCAGCGAGGAGAACGAGUAAACUGGCGUCUGCACCCGACGUGUAUUUAAUAAAAUGUAAAAACCAGCU